AUGAGUGAUUCUCUCGAAAUAGAUAUUGACUCUGUCAUUGACAGAUUAUUGGAAGUAAGAGGAUGUCGACCUGGUAAACAAGUACAACUUGCAGAGUUUGAAAUUAAAUAUCUUUGCACAAAAGCGAGAGAAAUUUUUAUUUCUCAACCUAUACUUCUUGAAUUGGAAGCUCCGAUAAAGAUUUGUGAUAUACAUGGCCAGUAUUACGAUCUGUUAAGGUUAUUUGAAUACGGUGGAUUUCCUCCCGAAUCAAAUUAUCUUUUCCUUGGUGAUUAUGUUGAUAGAGGAAAACAAUCAUUAGAAACAAUCUGCCUUUUGUUGGCGUACAAGAUAAAGUAUCCCGAGAAUUUUUUUAUUUUAAGAGGAAAUCACGAAUGUGCAAGUAUUAAUCGUAUUUAUGGCUUUUAUGAUGAAUGUAAGCGAAGGUAUAACAUCAAAUUGUGGAAAACCUUUACGGAUUGCUUUAAUUGUUUACCCAUCGCUGCAAUUAUCGAUGAGAAAAUUUUUACCAUGCAUGGUGGUCUGUCACCCGAUCUUCAGAGUAUGGAACAAAUUCGAAGAGUUAUGCGACCAACAGAUGUGCCCGACACUGGUCUAUUAUGUGAUUUGUUGUGGUCUGAUCCCGACAAGGAUAUCUCUGGCUGGAGCGAAAACGAUCGAGGUGUAUCCUUUACAUUCGGUCCUGACGUUGUAACUCGGUUUUUGCAAAAGCAUGAUAUGGAUUUGAUAUGUCGAGCACAUCAAGUGGUGGAAGAUGGUUAUGAAUUCUUUGCUAAACGACAGCUUGUUACUUUGUUUUCCGCACCGAAUUAUUGUGGUGAAUUUGAUAAUGCUGGUGCGAUGAUGAGUGUGGACGAAACUCUUAUGUGCUCGUUCCAGAUUCUCAAACCAGCCGAGAAGAAACAAAAGUAUCCUUAUGGUGGCUUGAAUACAGGACGACCUACUGGGUAA